AUGGCCGCGCGGGUGGUGUGGCUGGUCGCCAACGGGCUCGUCGCCCCCGAGCAGGUGCUGGGCCUGACGUUCACCCGCAAGGCGGCGGGCCAGCUCGCCGACCGCAUCCGCCAGCGGCUGCGGCGCCUCGCGGCCUCGCCGCUGCUCGACGAGCUCGACCCGUCGGGUGAGCGCCGCCUCGCCGUGCGGGUGGGCGAGCCGACGGUCUCGACCUACCACGCCUACGCCGGGCGCCUGCUCGGCGAGCACGGGCUGCGGCUGCCCCUCGACCCGGGAGCGCGCCUGCUCUCCGAGACGGCGUCGUGGCAGCUGGCGCACCGGGUGGUCGCCACGUGGACGGCCGACCUCGACACCGACAAGGUCCCCGCGACGAUCACCGCGCACGUCCAGGCGCUGGCGGGCGAGCUCGGCGAGCACCUCGCCUCGCCCGACGGCCUGCGGGCGCACGCGGAGUGGUUCUGUCGCGUGGCCGAGUCGGCGCCGCGGGCCAAGGGGCAGUCGGCGGCACCGUCGGGCAAGCUGCGCGACCGCAUCGCCGCCCAGCGCUUCCGCGCGGCCCUGCUGCCGCUGGUCGAGGCGCUGGCCGAGCGCAAGCGCCGUCAGCGGGUGGUCGACUUCGCCGACCAGAUGGCGGGCGCCGCCCGCCUCGCCGACGAGCACCCCGAGGUGGGUGCCGCCGAGCGGCAGGCCUUCCGCGCGGUGCUGCUCGACGAGUACCAGGACACCGGCCAUGCGCAGCGGGUCCUGCUGCGGGCGCUGUUCGCCGCCGACACGCCCGCGGCCCGCGAGGCCACUCCCGACACCGGGCGGCCGACGUUCGUCACCGCCGUCGGCGACCCGUUCCAGUCGAUCUACGGGUGGCGUGGGGCCAGCGCGGCCAACCUGCCCCGCUUCACCACCGACUUCCCGCGCCCCGACCCGGCGGGCGGGCGCGUCCCGGGGUGGGUGGCCGCCGCGCGCCACGAGCUGCUGACCAGCUUCCGCAACCCGCCCGAGGUGCUCGCCCUGGCCAACGCCGUGGCCGAGCCCCUGCGUCGCGCCGGGAUCCCCGUGGCCGAGCUGCGCCCGCGGCCGGGCGCCGAGCCCGGUCGGGUCCGGGUGGCGCUGCACGACGACGUCGACGCCGAGCGUGCCUGGCUCGCCGACGCCGUCGCCGACCGCUGGCGCGCCGCCCUCGAUGCCGGCGCCGAGCCGCCGACCAGCGCGGUCCUGGUGCGCCGCCGCGCCGACAUGGCCGAGCUGGCCGCCGCGCUGCGGGCCCGCGACCUGCCCGUCGAGGUCGUCGGCCUGGGUGGGCUGCUCGACGAGCCCGAGGUCCGCGACCUCGUCUCGGCGCUGCGCCUGGUCGUCGACCCGCUGGCGGGCGCGGCGGCGGUCCGCCUGCUGACCGGGGCACGGUGGCGGGUCGGGGGAGCCGACCUGGCCGCGCUGUGGCGGCGCGCUCGCGAGCUCGCCGCACCGGUCGCCGGCUCGGGGGCGACGGCGGGCGCGGCAGCCGACCCGGUCGCGGCGGCGCUGCCGGGCGAGGGCAGUGAACGGGCGGGGCUGGUCGACGCGCUCGACGACCCGGGUCCGUCGGCGCGGUACUCCACGGCGGGCUACGCGCGCAUCCGGACGCUCGCGCGCGAGCUCGCCGACCUGCGCCGCCGGGUCACCGCGCCGCUGGUCGACCUCGUCGCCGACGUCGAGCGCACCCUGCUGCUCGACGUCGAGGCGGCCUCCCGUCCGGGCCCGGUGGGGCGCGCGCACCUCGACGCCUUCGCCGACGUGGUGGCCGACUUCGCCGCCGGCUCCGUCGGCGCGGCGGCCGCCGAGGGUGGUGGCGCCACGGCGACGGCGCUGCUGGCCUACCUCGAGACCGCCGAGGAGGCCGAGGACGGCCUCGCGCCGGGCGAGGUCGACACCGCCUGGCAGGCGGGCCCGGCCUCGGGCGGCGCGCGGGUCCAGGUGCUCACCGUGCACGCCGCCAAGGGGCUGGAGUGGGAGCUGGUCGUGGUCCCGCACGUCGUCGACAAGGUCUUCCCGGCCGCCAAGCGGGCGGGCUCCUGGCUCUCGACCGUCCCGUCGCUGCCGGUCCCGCUGCGCGGCGACCGCGCCGACCUGCCGCACCUGCAGCUCGACGCGUGCACCGAUCGCAAGGAGGUCGCCGACGCGCUCGACGCCCACGAGGCGGCGUUCGACGAGCGCAGGCUCGUCGAGGAGCGGCGGCUGUUCUACGUCGCGCUGACCCGCGCCGAGCACACCCUGCUGGUCUCCGGGCACUGGUGGGGCGAGACCGGGGCGGCGCCGCGCGGCCCCUCCGACCUGCUCGACGAGGUCGGCGCGCUCGCGCAGGGCGCUCCCGAGGGGCUCGUCGUCGACCG